CAUGCUCUUAGAGGAAGAACGAAACGCACGCGUAACGAGUCGAGCGCGAUCGUCUCCUUCCCGUUAGCACUGUUGAUGACUGUAUGGCCUGCCAGGCGUCUGUCGGUCUGUCAUUAAGUUGGCUUUGGGCUUUUUCUUUUCUUCUUGGGAACUUCUUGACUAUACGUGAUUUUAUUUAUCCUCCUCUACUGUCACAUUUAGCGCUCUGCUCUGGGUAUACCAUUUUUCACUUGUUUUUCUCUUCUUUGCCCGCAAGCUUAGAAUGUUCAUUCGUGCCAAUAUAUAUCAGAGUUGAGGUGCAGAAUUUUUAGUUCAAAACUUAGACCGAUAUCCAUUAGCCUCGAUGUCCAUCAACGGUCAUUCUGUAGGGUAGCGGGGGUAGCAUGAUCAGAUACUUUAUCUGACAUCACUUGCA